AGCCGCUGGCUCAAAAGCUUUGCGGAGCGCGCCGCUGCCAGCCCCCCGCCCGGCGCGCAGCUGCAUGACGCAUGGCCGCCCUGCUGCGCACCGGCAGCCCGCGCGGGGAGCCCCGGCACAGGGCGCCCGUGGAGCUCCGCGAGGUGCCGUCCCAGCGCUUCCCGACCCUGUCCGCGGCGCUGGAAGGCCUGCCCGCGGCCUCCGCUCCGGGCGGCGUCCCGUCGGUGGUCGUGCGGCUGGCCGCCGGCACCCAUAGCGGGCCCCUGCGGCUGGCUGGGGGAGUGGUGCUCGAGGGUGGCGGCGACGGGGCGCUGCCCACGCUGGCGGACCUCGGGCCGCUGGGCCUGGAGGUCACGGGCGCCCGCUCGCUGUGUGUGCUGAGGAGGCUGCGCAUCCGCGCCGACCCCGAGGGGCACGCCGUCGCCGUGAGCUCGGCGAGCCCCCUCAUCGAGGACUGCGAGCUGGUAGGUCGCGGGGAGGCCCCCACUCGCGGCGCCCGCGCUGGGCUUCUGGUGAAGGGCAUCGGCUCUUGGCCUGUUGUGCGGGGCUGCAGGGUGUGUGGCCACGGUGGCGCUGGCGUGGCCAUCGAGGAGGGGGGCUGCGGCCUCUUCGUCUGCAACGAGGUGACGCAAUGCGGUGCCGGCUUCUGGGUUGCAGACGGUACCGCUCCUGUGAUAUGGAGGAACACGGCGCUCGACAACAGAGGCGCUGGCGUGGUCAUGCGGCGGGCCGCCGGCGGUCGAGCUCUCGACAACACGCUGAUGAAGAACGGCACUGGAGCCCUCCUGGAGUCGGACCGCGCGGCGCUGGCCGUGCUGGCCUACAACCGCGUGGUGGGCAACGAGGGCCCUGGCAUGCGGCAGAGCCCGGGGAACGUGCUUGCGGGGCAAGCGGGCUGCUUCUUGCAGGGCAACCUGCUCAAGAGCAACGGGCCCGGUGCCGCGCUGGAGGCCACUUGGCCGCGCCAGUCUGUGCGCACGGGCGAGGAGCUCGUCGCCGCCGUGCGAGCAGCGCCGCGGGACCGCUCGGCGCUUGUGGAGGUGAUCGGACAGGUGGAGCUUCAGGAGUGCCUGGUCCUGGACAGGCCAGUCAUCCUCGUGGGCUCCUCGGAGGGCCCCAGCGCGGGCGCCGUGGGCGGCCCAGAGCUCUCCUGCUCGAGGGAGGCGGAGGCCGUCCUGAGAAUAGCGCCCGGGGCCGAGAUGGCCGCGCUGUACAGGCUCGCCCUGCGCGCUGGCCCAGGGCCCAGAGGCGAGGCCGGGGCGGCAGGCUGCGUGGUGGUCGAGGCCGGGUCGCCCGCCUUCCUCGAGUGCCACAUGCAGGUGGGCCCCGCUGGCGGCUCCGGGGCGGGAGGCUUCGCCCACGCCGUGCGCGUCAGCGGCCUCUCGUCGCGGCCGCUGCUGGCAGGCUGCUCCCUGUGCGGCGCCGUCGGCGCCGGGCUGUCGCUGGACCAGGGGGCCUCCGCCGUCCUGGUCCGGUGCGAGCUCUCUGGGAACCAGCAGGGCGGCGCCUACGUCGAGGACGGGGCCCGGCUCGUCCUCGAGGAGUGCGACGUGAAGGGCAACCGGCACUUCGGCGUGGUGGCCGGCAGAGGAGGCGCCGUUCUCGGCCGCACGCUGUUCGAGGACAACGCCAGCGGGGACGUGUGGCUCUGCGGCGGCGAGGGCAGCCCGCAGGGCGCCGAGGGGCCGCUGGUGCUCGACCAGUGCCGCUUCGUCGGGGUGCGGGCGGCGGCGCUGCGGGUGGGCGACGGCUCGGCGGCCCUGAGCUGGCAGAGCAGCUACGCGGCAGGGCCCGGGGACUCCUGGGGCUCCGCCCCCUCGGCCGCCGUCGCGGCGCGCGUGGACCCCGGCGGCUCCCUGGCGCUCUCGCGCGGCGCGGAGGAGGGCGGCGGCGCCGCGGGCGUGCCCACGCCGGCGAUGGCCGGCGCGGAGGGCACCUGGCGCCUCCCGGAGGUGGGCCCCUCGCAGCCCGACCCGCAGCAGUUCACCCGGGAGCCGCUGCCGGACGCCGGCCGGGCAGCGGCCGCCCACGCGACAGGCGCCCUGCCGCCGCCCCGGGUGCCGCUGCCGGAGGCGCCGUCCUCGCCGCUCGAGGACGGCGUGGCCGCGGGCUCCGAGGCCUCGGCCGGCGCGGGCGUGCCCGAGGGCGAGGAGGAGCUGCGGGCGUGGAUCGGCAGACUGAAGGCGGUGCCCCUGGCAAGCUGGAAGAUGGCGGACCGGAGGACGCUGUUUGCCAUCCUGGCCAUGCUGGGCAGGGCGAGGAAGAAGCCCGAGCUCGUGUCCACGGUGGGCCUCGGCGGGCCGCUCCUGCCGGGCGCGGAGGCGUGCCUGCGCGCGCACACCAACCGGUACCUGACCGCCCGCCCGGGCGGGGCGGUGGACUGCAAGGAGCCCGUGCCCGAGUCGCAGGAGCAGUGGGUCUUGGCGCCGAAGAAGCAGCAGAAGACCCCUGGCGUGCUGAAGAGCGGGCACCAGUACACGCUCACGGCCGCCGACACCAUCGACGGGGGCGAGAAGGAGCGCGGCCUCCCUGGCGAGUGGGUCUACGGAGCCAGCGGGAAGUACACGAUCGAAGCUGUUCCUGGCGAGCCUGGGCGGUACAGCUUCGAGGAGCGCCUGCACGAGGGUGGCACCGUGACUGGCACGCUCGUGGAGGAGGAGGACGGCGUGCAGGGCAGGCUCGACAAGGACGGCAGCCCGUACUGCGAGCUCCGCGUCCGCCUCGCGAGCGAUUUCACCGCGAUCUCCAGCUUCAGGGUGGUGGAGUCCGAGGCGUGGAGCAAGAGCAUGCCCGCGCAGCGGGCGUCCUCCGAGUCGGCGCUCCUGCUGACGGUGGACGGCGCGAGCGGGCUGGCGUCGGCCCAGCCGGCGGGCAGCGCGCAGGACCAGGCCUUCCAGGUCUCCGUGGUCGCCGGCGAGGGCGGCAGGCGCGCGCCGCUGGAGUCGGGGUCGCAGGUGUGCCUGCGCGCCAUGCCGUCGGGCCGCAUGCUGGAGGUCGGCGGCAACGCCGUGCGCGCCAGCGCCGGCGCCCAGGCGCAGGGCACGCGGCAGCGCUUCCAGCUGGAGAGGCGGCCGCCCCCCGAGGAGGUGCCCGAGCCCGCGGCGCCCUUCGAGGUGAGCCACGAGGACCAGGCCUGGGCGUUCCAGCGCGGCGUGCAGCUGGCGCUCGUGGAGAAGCAGCACCUGGCAGACCUGCUGAGCGGCGCGAAGGACCCUGCGCCUGCGCUGCUGAAGCUGUUUGCGGAGCUCUGGGAGCGCGAGUGGCGGCAGGGGGCGCUGCCCAGGGACCCAGCCGAGGGCUCCGAGAGGAGCAACUCCCCGGGCGGAAGCGGCCGGAGGCCGAGCCCGGCCUCGGGGCGCCGCGGCCGCGCGGAGAACUGGAUCCGGAACCUGGCUGGCGGCGUGAGCACGACGGAGAAGGACAACGGCGACCUGUUUGUCAGCGCGCUGCGCUCCUUCUUCGCGGACACGCUGCGAAUGUCCCAGCUCGAGGCCAACAACGUCAUGCGCACCGUGGAGGCCUUCGCCGCCGCCCUGGUGGCGGACCGGGAGUUUGUGCAGGCCUUCUCGGCCUCCAUGCUCCCCGAGGCGCAGCGGAAACAGUACAGGACGCCCGAAGACGUGCUCUUCGGCCUGACGUACACGACCAUGAUGCUGAACACGGACGCGCACAGCACGCAGGUCACGCAGAAGACCUGGGACAAGCAGAAGUUCACUGGUGCCGGCAAGGACUGUGGGGUCCAGGGCGCUUUGAUGGGCCAGAUAUUCAAGAGGAUAACGCAGGACGAGCUCUGAGCGGACGCGACCCCCCACCGCGCGCGACGCGGGCGGCCGUUGCCACCCUCUAUGGGCCGGCGCCAAGAAGGGGCUGGACGCGCCGCUGGGGCGAGCGGGACUGCAGACGCCGCCGCCUCCCGCCCCCCCUCCCGAAAA